ACGUCUGAAUUUCAGGACGAAAGUGGCAAUCUCAGUCUGGCGAAGUGUGAAGCGGUGCAGGGCGGCACAUCUUUCAUCGAGUCGCUUCCGGAGGUCAAGAAUCGGAGCUACAACAGAGAACUGGGAAAAGACAGACACAACAUUGAGCUCUGGCUCAAAUUCGUGGCCCAUCAGGACGAAAUGUUUCUAUCUCUGGAAGGCGGCGAUAACUCCAAAAAAACAAGAGCUGAACGGCUUACGAGUCGCCAAUUGUUCGAACGGAAAAUGAGUAUUCUGGAUAAGGCAAUAUCUCUGAACUACUCGUGCGUGCGUCUGAAAAUCGAGCGACUGAAGAUUGGGAUGCAUCUGUGGGAUGAGGAUAAAUGGAAUGUCGAGCUUAGAGAGGUGGAAUUUAAACAUGUGAACGAUCCGGAAAUGUGGCAGGGAGUGCUUGAUGUUCUGGAAAGUGACACCCGACGCUUCAAUUUUGUUGCACAGGUAUGCGAUUAA